AUGCCUAAAAGUGUGGUCUCGGAGACUGAUGGUGUUGUAUCAGCCAAGGCCACGGUGCUGAAAAAUGAGUUGCGGACACUGGUGAACACGAUUUUGGAUGAAGAUGACUAUAAGGUAGAGACGACCGACGAGGCCAUCAGAACCUUGCGUUCUUUAAGGGACUUGAAUUUCGACAAGUCCCUUUGUUUGAAAUUGGAGGAUCAUUCGGCUGUUCCUGAAGAAUUCAGAUGCCCCAUUUCGAGAAAGCUCAUUAGAGACCCCGUUGUCUUGGCCACUGGAGAGACUUACGACCGUAUAUUCAUCCAGAGGUGGUUGAAUGAAGGCCACAGGAUAUGCCCUAAAACCCAAGAAGUUCUACCUCAUAUAGUUCUUACUUCUAAUAAAUUGGUCAGAGAAAUGAUUUCCCACUGGUGCAGGGAGCAUGGAGUUGAGCUUCCAAAGGCUGUACAGGAUAUUGAUGAUGAGCUAGUAACUGCUGCAGACCGAGGGUAUCUAAGUUUGCUGCUCAAAAAGUUGUCCCAACCCCUUAAUGAGCAGAAAGAAGCUGCGAAAGAGCUUCGGCAUCUAACGAAGAAAAUGCCAUCAUUCCGGGCGCUUUUUGGUGAAUUCACUGAUGCCAUUCCUCAGUUGCUCAAUCCACUAUCAGCAGGCAGGGUUGAUACUCAUCCUGAUCUCCAAGAGGAUUUGAUCACAACGGUUCUAAAUGUCUCAAUUUGGGAAAAUAAUAAGAGAUUAGUGGCAGAGAAUCCAGUGGUCAUACCCCUGCUAAUUGAAUCCUUAAUAUAUGGAACCAUUCAAACAAAAAGCAAUGCUGCUGCAGCUCUCUUCACAUUAUCAGCCCUUGACUCAAACAAGCUCACUAUUGGAGAAUCUUGUGCUCUCGGACCUCUAAUCGAUCUUUUAGAUGAGGGGCAUCCAUUGGCCAUGAAGGAUGUUGCUUCAGCAAUAUUCAACCUAUGUAUCGUCCGCGAGAAUAAACGGAGGGCCGUCCACGGAGGUGCAGUCAAAGUGAUUUUGAAAAAGAUCAUGGACUGCAUAUUAGUUGAUGAGUUGUUGACCAUACUUGCAAUGCUUUCAGGCCAUCGGAAGGCAGUUGAGGAAAUGUCUGAGCUUGGUGCCGUGCCUUUUUUGCUAAGUUUCAUUAGGGAGGACAUUUGCGAACGCAGCAAGGAGAAUAGUGCUGCCAUUCUCUAUGCAAUCUGUAUUAUUGAUAGGACUAAAUUGGUGGAAAUUAGAGAAGAAGAAAAUGCCAAUGGUACACUCAGUAGGCUUGCACAAAGCGGGACGUCCUGGGCCAAGAGGAAGGCAAAUGGCAUACUUGAGAGGCUGAAUAGAACUGCCCCAAUAACGCACACUGCUUGACUAAAUAAAUUCUUUC